AUGGACAUCCUGCCAUGGGAGUUUUUCAACUUCGAAUUCAUCCGCGUGCUCUCCAUGGCUCCCACCCACGGCGCGGACGUGGGUGAGUGCCUGGAGGCGGCUUCCAAAAUCAAGAAGAAUGAUCCCGAAAUCUGGUACCAAGCGUGGGCGGAGGCGGCAGAUCUUGCCGAGGAGGCGGCGGACACGGCGCUCAAACUUGGAGACAGGGAAGCGGCAAGAUGGGCUUUUUUGAGGGCGUGCAAUUACAGACGGGCAAGCGAAUAUAUGCUCCAUGUUAACCCGUACGACACUCGGUUGCUGGGCAUCAUGGAAAAGUCAGUGUCCAACUUCCGCAGUGCGUGCGAUCUCUUCGACAACACCGUCGAAACUUUCGAGAUCCCGUACGAAAACACCAAACUGCCCGGUUACAUGUACCUGCCUACGCCAAAGUCCGGAGGGAAGCCUCGCGGAGAGAAGGUGCCCUUGCUCCUCGCUAUGAACGGAUUCGAUUCCACACAGGAAGAACUCUACUUCUUCAUCGCAUCAGGAUCCGCGUCCCGAGGCUACGCUGUCAUGACCUUCGAUGGCCCUGGACAAGGCAUCGUCCUUCGCCGCCCAGGCCAGCCUCCGAUCCGCAGGGACUGGGAAGUCGUGGUUUCCGCGGUUCUUGAUAGCCUUUGGAAGCUCGUUGAUGAGCAUCCCGAGUGGAAUAUCGAUCUCGACCGAAUCGGCAUCAUGGGCAUGGCCAUGGGCGCGUACUUUGCCCUGCGGGGCGCCACCGAUCCUCGCAUCAAAGCCUGCAUCUCCUGUGAUGGGUUCUACGACUUCGGGCCACAGGUCCGGUUGCGAUCGCCGUUCUUUCUCAAGUACUUGACCGAUGGCCAGGCCGAUGCGAUCUUGGAAUGGGCUUCUGGCUUCAACAUGCAGCACAAGCUCGAAUUUGGUCACCUGCGCAUGGUCUUCGGCACCAAAUCAUGCAUCGAUGCGUUACGCAAGCUCGGAAGCAUCUCCUUGGAGGCACCAGGAGAAAAACCUAUAUGCGCAAAGGUCAAGUGUCCCGUAAUGGUCAUGGGUGCCCGCGAUACAAUUUACACCCUCGAGACGCACCUGACCUACCAGAAACUUGCUGAGUAUAGGGGCAGCGAGGAGGGCUUAACAUUGUGGGAUCCGGUCGGGCCAGGGCAAGGCUCGCUGCAGGCCAAGGUGGGGGCUGUUUCUCGAUUGCAAAUGAAGGUCUUCUCGUGGCUGGACGAGGUUUUCGGAAUUCAAAGGCCACCGAUUGCAAAGCAACCGAUCUGA